AUGGAAGACGCUAAAUUAAUUCAAGCUGCUAAGGACGAUUUAAAGCCUACCCUUUUAAGCAAAACAACUGCUGCUUUAUUGGGAGUUUCUUCUUUGAUUGGCUGGAGUGCUAUUCUUAAUUCGUUUGAUUAUUUCGGUAAUAAAUAUCCAAAGGAAACUUACCAUGACGUCACUUUCUUAUUUCCAAUUCCAUUAAAGUUUGCUUCUUUUAUAUGGGGUUUGGCCAUGGAUUACCUUUCGAAAAGAUAUUCGAUCAAAAUUAGAAUUGGUCUUUGUCUUGGAAUCUAAUCUCUCUUUAUGAUUGCAAUGCCACUUGUUGCUCUUCUUUUACAAAACUGGGCUGGUUUCUCAAUUUGCAUGAUUUUAUGUUUCUUAAUAGGUACUACAACUUGCAUCUCCUAGAAUUCUAGUAUUGCAAUGCUUUCUUAAUUCGAUAAAAAGAGUCAAGGAAUUUACUGGAUUUUUACUGCCUGGAGUGGACUUUCAAUGAAUGUAGGAAGAGCAAUAGUGCUUGGUAUUUUUGGUGAUAACGAUGCCGGAAUUAAUAAUGGUACUAUAGUUUACUUUGUCAUGGCUGCCAUUACUAUUUAUACAACCAUUUUCUGUCUUUUUAAAUACUUAAAAUCUGAUCAUCACUAAGAAAUGAUGGCUCUUCACUCCGCUUAAGAUACCGCUUAUGAAAACACUACUGAAUAAAUAAACUAUCAAUCUGUUAGUGACUCUCCCAGCAGCAAUCCAAACCAAGAACAAUUAAAAGUUAGAUUGAUAGCAUGCUUAAAGAAAAUUAAAUUUAUAGCUAUUUCUAUCUUUUUCACAUAUGUAGUGACUUUCAUGCUUUUCCCUGGUGUAUCCAUUUUCUAAAAAUAAUUCACUAUUAUUCAAUCUUUGGCUUGGUUUAGUGUAUUAAUGUAAUUGUCUUACAAUAUUGGUGAUUUAUCAGGCAAGGCUUUGAGCAGUCUUCAUUUCUACAACUCUACUAUGAUGUAUAUUUUGAAUAUAAGCAGAGGCAUCUUCUUCUUUACUUUCCUAAUGAGUGCAAGAGAUCCAUCUAAUGCCUUUUUUGGUAAUGAUUACUUUGCUUUUGUUGAUAUAUUUUUGUUUGGUCUUUCAAACGGACUCGUUACUGGCGGUCUCAUGUAAUUAGGACCUCAAAGAGGCUAAACUCCUGAUGAAAAAAAUUUAAUUUCCUUAAUUCUUGCAUUUAGUCUGACUUUUGGUAUAUCUGUAGGAGCAUUUUUGGCCCUCUCUCUUGAAUAAAAUUGA